CUGCGACGACGACAGCCGCGAGUGUACCGAGUGAGCAAGAGUUGUUGAGCCAGGUGGUAACAAGUAGUUUGCAAGCAUGUUCUCGACAAGGAUGCUGGGGAUGAUGCCGGGUAUGGGUAUGCUGGCAGCGAGCAGUGGGUUGGUGACGAACAUGACGCGCCGGACGGCGACGAGUCUGACCACAACCGUGGGCAUGCUGGCCGGCAGCGCCACGAACCGGAGCAUGGCACCUGGAGGCGUGGCCGGAAACGACGCCAUGCCGCCGUACACGGCGCGGUCGCUCGAGCUGCUCUCGGCCGAGAUGGGCGGGGCCGAGUGGAGCGACGAGGCCGAGGACGAGAAGGCUGUCGCUGGGAGCGGGUGCGCGGCGAUGGCUAGCCAGUGGACGGCGUGCGGAGGAGCGAGGAGCGUGUUUGCGCGGAGCAGCGGGCAAGGCGGAGCCGGGCUGAUGGCUGCUGUUGCGGCCGGCAACGUAGUGGCCCACCGCGGCGGUGCGGCGAGCGUGUGGCGCGGGUAUGCGACGUCGGCGCGGCGGCAGCGGGCGCGGGUCCGGCUGCUGGAGCGGCAGCGGGAGGAGGAGGAGACCGAGACGCGGCGGCGCGAGGUGGUGGAUGUGGAGCGUGGCGAUGGGCGGUAUGGCGAGCGGGUCGAGUACUCGGAGCGCGACGUGUUUACCGGCCAGCAGGCGGAUGCCAUCACCGACGACGUGGGGCGGUACCUGGUCAAGGUGUACGCCACCCUCGGAGCGACGGUGGGCGCGGCGGCGGGCGGGACGAUGCUUGGCAUGUUUACUGCGCUUGGUAGUGUGUCGCCGAUGGUGUACGCGCUCGGGGCGUUUGUGCCGAUCUUGGGCGUCUCGUUUACCCGCGGGCGCGACGUGUCGCCGACGUUGCGGGCGGCGAUGCUCGGAACUGGCGGCGUGCUGAUGGGCCUCUCGUCGGCGCCGCUUAUUGGGCACUUUCUGGCAGUCGACCCCACGAUUGUGGGGACGGCGCUCAUGGGCACGACCGCUAUUUUCGGCGGCUUUUCGCUCAUGGCGCUCAAGGCGCGACGGCGGGCGAUGCUCACGCUCGGCGGCCCACUCAUGGGCUCGCUCCUCGCCAUCGUGGGCAUCCAGCUCUCGACGCUCUUCAUCGACUAUGCGCCGUCGACGCUUGCCGUCCUCAACAAUGUCUACCUCUACGGUGGCCUCCUUGCCUUUUCGGGCUUUAUCGGCUACGAUACGCAGCGCAUGAUUGAGUCGGCCCGCGACGGGCACAAGGACCACAUCGACGACGCGCUCGGUAUGUUCCUCAACCUCCGCGGUGUCUUUAUGAUGCUGCUGCAGAUCCUCGGCCGUCGCGACUGAUGGCUCGAGCAAGUGGGAGUAAAGGAGAACCUUCGAUUCGAACA